GCAUUAAAUCUCCCGAAGUUUUUCGUAAAUGGACUAAUCAAUUUACCAAAUACUUUGAGAUUACACCACCCAGUGAAUGGUCGCCCGAAGGUUAUAAGGCCUGGGUACUCGAGUGCAUCACUGAACAAAAGAUAUAUUGCGAAUUUUAUGAUGCACUAGGGACCAGAAAUAAUCACCGUAUUCCUACGGAUUUUAGGAACCUUACGACGGAAUUAUUAGAAAAAGAGGCAGCAAGGCAGAGAAGAUCAAGUCUCUGGCUCCUCCACGAGCAAGCGAAUUCGGAUGACUGA